CCAACUUCAUUCUCCAUCUUCCUGGCGUCUCUCCUCUCUCUCUUACUCCAUCAAUGGCCACCACAAACUCUCUCCACCACCACCACCACUCUUCUUACCAACACCACCGCCACAAUCUCCACUACCAAUCUCACUUGACACCAACUUCUCUCUCACUCAAACACCCCACUUCCACCCCCACAUUCUCAUCACUCAUCUGCUCUUCUUCCUCUUCCUCCUCCUUCCUCGUCACCUCUGCUACCACCACAAACACUUCCGACAUAACCACUGAAACCGCAACCAAGUUCGAAGUCCUAGCGACCCAUCUGAUCAACCAAGAUUUCAGGAAAGCAGACGAAGAAACUAGGAGGCUUCUCAUUCAGAUAGCAGGAGAAGCAGCCAUAAAACGCGGCUACGUCUUCUUCUCCGAGGUGAAGUCCAUCUCCGUUGAAGAUCUUCAAGCUAUCGACAACCUGUGGACCAAACACAGCGAUGGGAGGUUCGGAUACAGCGUGCAACGCAAAAUCUGGUUGAAAGUCAAGAAAGACUUCACGAGGUUCUUCAUUAAAGUUGAGUGGAUGAAGCUUCUUGACACAGAGGUGGUUCAGUACAACUACAGAGCUUUCCCUGACGAGUUCAAGUGGGAGCUUAACGAUGAAACGCCUCUUGGACACUUACCGUUAACAAACGCCUUGAGAGGAACGCAGCUUCUGAAAUGCGUUUUGAGCCAUCCUGCGUUUGAGAUAGAUGGUGAUGAUGAUAAUGAAGAAGGAGAAGAAGCUGAGAGCAGAGGUGGUGGUGGUAAAGCACAGACAAAAGAUACAAGAGUGUUUAAAACAGAUUACAGCUUUUGAUGUCUUUGAUUUUCAUUUGGAUUAUGAUUAUGAAUGUAUGAACAGUCAUUUAGUUAAUGAAUAUAAACCAAAAGUCUUUCUUGGUU